AGCUAGUGUUAAUGUGAUGCCCUACAAGCUUUUCAAAAAGUUAGAAGUAGGUGAUCUUUAGACCUCUAAGCUUAGCAUCACCUUAGGCGACCGUUCGGUCAUUAGCUCGAUGGGUGUUGUGGAGGACAUGAUGGUGAGAGUGGGCAAGUUUUGUUAUGCGACCGAUUUCUUGAUUCUCGACAUAAGUGAGGACUCAGAUAUGCCACUCAUCCUCGGUCGUCCCUUUCUUGCCACCGCCAAGGCAUUGAUAGACGUUAAUGAGGGACCUUAAUUAUGAGGGACGAUAAUGAGAGAAUCAAGCUUGAAAUUGACCCUAAGGUUAGGAGUGAGGAAGUGGUUUCAAAUGAUGUGAAUGAGAGUGGUGGAGAGCCUCUCAAGGCAAACCCCACCAUUCCUUGCGUUGCUUUUGGUAAUGUUGAGCAGGAUGUGAAGGAGGAUACUAUGCCCAAGGAGAAGAGGAAGAAUGCUCGGAGGAAGAAUUUGAAAGAAGCUUUGGCCCGAAAGAAGGAGAAGGCCAAAGCAAAGUUGGCCAAUCAAGAGGGCCAACUCAUGGAGCCUAAGACGGGAGGCUACAAGCCUCGCCCCGAGAGUGUGGUGGAUCCACUCCCGGAUGCAUCACUUCACGACCAAAUCUCGCUGUAAAAUUUCAAAUCGUCGCUGGAAAACCGCAAAACUUUGUCGGUUUUUUUAUUUUCCUCCAUUUCCGGCGAUCAAAACCCAAAAGAAACGUCGUACCCAUUC